AUGGACCUGCUCCACUACCUCGUCUUCCUGCCCGGGGACGUCCUCAUCAUCGCGCACCACCUCGCCACGCUCUUCGUCUUACUCACCUGCCGCUACCUCGUCCGCCACGGCGCCUACGCGCUCCUCGUCCUCCUCCUCCUCGACGAGGUCACCAGCCUGCUGCACAACGUCUGGAUUCUCGUCGGGAUCUGGCGGGACCAGUCCCCCACCGCUGCGCACGUCUACGACGCCCUCUCGCCGCCCUUCUAUGUGCUCUACACACUCGUCAGGGGCGUCGCCGGCCCGCUCUUCCUCCUCAAGAUGACCGCCUUCUACCUGUCUGGCCAGGCUGUCGACGUCAUCCCGUGGUGGGUGCGGAUCUCCUGGAUCCUCAUUGUCAGCACUGGCAUCUAA